AUGCGCAACACUUGGAGUUUUUUCUUUUGUAUUCUUCUCCAGGCACUUUUGGCUGUGGGAACCCAAAGUUCGAAGACGCUUGUUCUUUACGACCAAUCAACGGAACCAUUGGAAGACUACUCAGUCUAUCUAAAAGUUUUAGAGGAAAAGAAUUACAAAUUAGAAUAUUUGGAAAUCAAUAGUACUUCCACCGCUGUCGAUCUGUAUGAUAAAGAACAAAGAUUAUUCGAUAAUAUCAUUAUUUUUCCUACCAAAGGUGGCAAGAAUUUAGGUAGACAAAUCCCUGUUAAUCAGUUAAUCAAAUUCUUUGAAGAUGAAGGUAAUAUUUUGUGCAUGAGUUCCCCGGGUGCUGUUCCAAAUACGAUUCGUUUAUUUUUGAAUGAGUUGGGUAUAUAUCCAAGUCCAAAAGGACACGUCCUUCGUGAUUAUUUCUCAUCCUCUCCAGACGAGUUAGUUGUCUCUUCUGACCACCUUCUAAACAAACAUGUUUACAACGCCAAAGAAAGUGGACAUUUUGUUUUUGGGGAAAGCUCAGCAGCUUUAUUGGAAAACCGUGAACAAAUCGUACCGAUUUUAAAUUCUCCAAGAACAUCCUUCACCGAGUACAAAGGCAAAGGUAACUCUUGGACAAGCGGAUCUCAGGGUUUUCUUGUAGUCGGUUUUCAAAACUCAAACAAUGCCCGUUUAGUCUGGAUUGGCAGUAGUGAUUUCUUAAAGAACAAAAAUCAAGACGCCAACCAGGAAUUCGCAACAGAAUUACUAAAAUGGACAUUCAAAGAAAAAUCCGUCAUCAAAAGUGUGCAUGCAAUUCACUCACAUGCAGAUGGUACUAGUUACGAUGAAGAGCCUUACAAAAUCAAGGAUAAAGUCAUAUACUCUAUAGGCUUUUCAGAAUGGAAUGGAGAAAGAUGGCUACCACACAUUGCUGAUGACAUUCAAUUUGAAUUAAAACAGGUGGAUCCAUACUACCGUUUGACGUUGUCACCAAGUGGGAAUGACUCUGAAACCCAGUUUUAUUCUACCGGUGAAUUCGUACUUCCAGACCGUCACGGUGUGUUUACUUUCCUUACUGAUUACCGUAAGAUUGGCCUUUCGUCUACUACUGAUAAGGAUGUUAAAGCUAUCCGUCAUCUUGCUAAUGAUGAAUAUCCAAGAAGUUGGGAAAUUAGUAAUUCCUGGGUUUAUAUCAGCGUCGUUUGUGGUGUUAUCUUAGCCUGGAUUUUUUUCGUUAUUUCUUUUGUUACAACUUCCUCUGUUGGUAAGGAACUUGAGACAUUUAAAAAGACAAACUAG